AACAGCUAGUUUCCGUCUGGUCGCGUGCGUUACAUAUCUCUUUCUCUCUCUCUUUCUCUCUCUUUUUCUCUCUCUUUCUCGCUCUCUCUCUCGACAAAGUGACAUAUUCGCUUCAACGUCGCAGUGUCGCACACGCAGACAGGAUCCGGGAUGAUUCGCGGUAGGGCGCGUAUCGCAUUGGGGGCGUUUUAUUAAAGUGUGCACAUUUAGAGUGUGCGCUCGGGAGAGCGGUGUGCUCUCUCUCUUACGAGCCUGGGUUUUGCGGUCGCGUUGCGUGUUUGAUGGAGUGCGGUAUACGGCUUCGCCGAUCGCGGCUUAACUUGAUUACUUGGUACAGGUAGACUCGUCGAUAAACAACAACGCGCCGACGUGGGACGUGCGAGAAAUGAGCGAUGCGUGUCCCGGCGCCGAGAGCACAUUAUCCGAAGGUCUCGUAAACAAUGUCCGGGUGUCAAUAGCACACGGAGGGGCAGACGUGGCGCGUUAACGAGACGACGCAUCUUUCGAGGUUGGGGCAAGGAAGGUAUGGAGGGUGUCAACGGCCAGUUGCAGACGAAGUAUCAGAAAAUCGCCGCGGAAUACUCAAAGAUUCGUGCGCAAGCGAAUGUUCUGAAAAAGGCUGUGAUAGACGAACAAGCGCGUAACGGGGAUAUUAGGAAUCAGUUGAAGGAGAGGGAAGUGGAAUUGCGAAGAGCCGAGCAGGAGAUAGACAGUUUGACAUUUCGCAAUCAGCAAUUGACUAAGCGUAUAACUGUGCUACAAGACGAACUCGACAAGGCACAGAACAAAUCCAAGAAGGGCAAGAACAAAGCACCCGAGAACAACAGUCAGAUACCGGCGCCGUUACCGCCACCGAACAACAUCUUAGACGAGGAAUUUCAGAAGAAGAUAGUCGAAAAUGCUCAAUUAUUAUCGCAAAUUAGUGACAAGGAUAGCGAAAUUGAAAGUCUGUGCGAUAGAAUACACCAGUUAGAAUGUAAAGUUGACUAUUGUGAAAAAUCGAAAAUAGAAUCCGAAUGCCAGUAUCAAAGUGCUAUAGAUAAGUUAGAAAGAGAGAGAACUGACUUGCAGAGAAAAUUGAGCGACAAGCAGAAACAGGAGGAGACUGUAUCGUGGUCAAGUAACGAGGGCAGACGCGAUGGUUACGAUUUUGAUACGAGAGGAAUGUUUUCGAAUCAUCGUCAAACAGAACCGUCUCCGUUUUCUUCCCCGUCUGCUUCGCGUAGAUCGUCGAAGUCGCUUGGCGAGGGAAGGCCACCAAAGUCACAAGAAGAAAGUAACGAAUUUCUCUAUGCAAAAUCAUGUGAUUUAGAAAAAGAAGUUAAUCACUGGAAAGCUCAGUAUCACAUACUCAAGAUAAAAUACGACGAAUUAGAGCAGAAGGAUGUUGCGACUUUUCACACCAAUAACGACGUGUUUAAACCUGUAGAAAUAAAUAACAUGGUAACAUUUUCUUAUCUAUUUUUGUUUCAGAAUAUUUGAGUGCAUACAUAUCUU